UUUGAUUUGGUUUCGUCUUCUGCUAACGUUGAAUGUGAACGGAUUUGGAGCACCAAGGACUCUCUAGCAAUCGCAUUGUCAACAAACAAUUUAAAUCAUCAUGGAUGUGCUUAGGCCCCCAAUCGUCACCAUAGGAGGACGUUGUUACCGACGGAACCCCGCCCAAAUGACAUCUCCACAUCUGCCUGGGAACGCCUAUGAAGAACAAGGAGGAUACACCGAACAAGAUGAUGAAAUGUAUGAUGAGGAAAUGUACGAGGCAGAGACGGCAGAGAAUGUGUCAUGUGACCCCCUGGAGAUGGAGAAGACGAGGGACGGCUACCGGUUGGUGAUCGACGUUCCCUCAAAGUUCUUCGGGCUGAUCAUAGGGUCCAGAGGUGAAACGAAGAAGAGGCUUGAGCAUGAGACGCGCACCCAGAUCCACAUUCCGAGGGGCAAUGAGCAUAUCGACGAAAUAACCAUCAGCGGUAAGACGAGACAGGGCGUGUCCUCCGCUAAGACCAGAAUCGAUGUCAUGGCCGCCAGCGCUCGUCAGAAGACCCCCUUUACGCACUUUGUUGCCGUCCCCCUCAACAGCCAGGACAUCAUGGACAGGUUUCAGGCAUUCAGAGAGGACGUCUUGAAGGAAUGUAAACAUUGCUCAGGGGUUGAUGAGAGGAUAUUCCAGAUUCCUCAAAAACUCCAUCUGACCAUCGUUACUUUGGUGCUCCUGACCAAAAAAGAAGUGAAAGCAGCACUGGAAAUUCUCAAUGAUUGUCUGGAAAAUAUUAUCAAUCCUAUACUUCAAGGGAACCCUCUCUUGAUUGACCUGGCAGGACUGGAAUACAUGAACGAUGAUCCUGGAAAGGUAGAUAUCCUCUAUGGAAAAGUCAGGAUGCAAGACGGAACAGACGGAUUACAAGAGAUCGCAAACCGAAUCCAGGAGAGAUUUGUGGCAUCGGAGCUGUGCCAAGACAGUCGGAAUGACCUUGAGGUCAAGCUUCACGCGACCCUCAUGAACUCCAUCUUCAGAGCACCGGAGGUCAAAAAUCAGAGGUCAGAGGGCAGAGGCAGGGGUCAACAACAGCGAAGCAGAGAAGCCUUUGAUGCGAGUGAGAUUCUGGAACUCUUUGGUGAUUUUUCAUUUGGAGAACUACGCGUCAACUCUCUCCACCUGGUUGGGAGAGGGCGCUGUGCAGAAGACGGAUCCUAUUGGGCAGCCGGUAAAGUGCCUCUACCCUGAAAAGAACUCUAAAAGACAUUCAAAAUGUUUCUACAAGAGACCUGGAAAAUAACGGUGUUGUCUAUCAAUCUGGAAUUAAUGGACCCGAAAAGGCAAUCAGUAUCGAAAAGUAAAGAUGGAGUCUGCUCCUACAGAAGCCCAAUGAACCAUUUAUUUGCACAUCUAAUGGAAUUUUAACAGACAUACACUGGUUGUCUGGAAAGUGGGCCUUACAUGCAAUGUUGUACCAUGUCAUGUGACCUUAAACGCUUGCUACACGUACAAGCUAGCAUUAACAGAAACAUUUCUACAGAAAUAAGACCCUGAGUGUUCUCAGAAACGAGUCACCUCUGGAAACUGGUUCACCAUUCUACCAUUGUUAGUGUUAUUAUCUCAUUGUGGUGUUUUUCUACAGAAGCGCGCUCCUGGAAAUAAUCGGUAUGUUUGCCCUAGAAUGAUAACUGUACAGUGUAUUUUGAAACCCUGUGGGAAUAUGCCAUUUGUGAUGCAAGGUAUCAGUGUGGGGAAAUAGAGGGGGGAAUUCCCAGUUUCUGAGAAGAACAGGGGGGGGGGGGGGGUGCUUGUAUUUUAGGGGGAGUAAUUGUGUUUCACUGUGUUACUCCAAUUAUCACAUUGUCUUUAAAUCUGCAUUUUUCAUGUCUCGCAACUCUUGUAAACUAUGUUGCAUAUUUACCUUUUGUUUAAAAAAAGGUGAGAUAAAGGAUAGAUAUAUUUAUGAUUAUUAAAAGGAAAUAUAAAAUACA